AUGCUGGCUGAUCCGGAAUACGAGAUAAAGCCUCAAGCGGGAUGUACGAUCCUGGGCUCCGUGGUGCGCAUUGCAUAUUCUUCUAGGGUACUGAAAUGCUGUAGAUGUAGAACAUUGCAGUCCGGGCAUUCUACAAAUGCACCCAUCACUGAUGUCCUGACUGGUAUCUCGACAUUGCAUGUUGGGCAACCUCUACACAAGAUAUCUGGGACUGGGGGUACAGCUGAUCCUGUCAGAAAUCCCAAUUCUUCAUCUGUAGUGGGCAGGCUGGCCGAAGUCUCUCUCAGCUCUGGAUCGUGGAUAUGUCCCUCCGGAAUGGGGUGCUUGCAUUUCUUUGGCGCUUGCGCUCCUCUUGCAGAAAGGCUCUUUGUUUCUUUCGGCUCACAUUUCUGUGUUGUGUCCUGCGGAGUGGAGUAUUUAGAAGUGGUUAAUUCUAUAUGUGUGUUGUCAGUUGACGAAAGAAUAGCUUCCUGUGAUGGCACUAUUCACAUUUGGAAUGGACAAACCGGAAAACUUAUUACAACUUAUUCAGAAUCUUCAGUUAAUUUUUUACAUCACAUUGCGGCAACAACAUCUAAAGUGACUGUGAAGCAGAUGAAUGUGCUAACACCCUAUUCGCUUUCCGGCGGACUUUUGUCAAAUGCCUUCAGUGGAAACCUCUACACAUGCAUGCAUCACCUUGAGUCCAAUCAUAAGCUCAUCGCAGGCAUGGGAAACGGUUCAAUUAGGUACAUUGAUGUUCUUCAAGAUCGAAAGCUGCAUCUGUGGAAAACCGAGUCAGCUGAAUAUUCCUACUCAUCACUCGUGUCAGCUAUUUGUUCUUGUGGAUCUGAAAAGCUUUGCAGAGAAAGAGCUAUAGAUUCGCCAUCGUGGAUCGCAGCCGGCUUAAGCACGGGCUAUUGUAGGCUGCUUGAUGCAAGGAGUGGAAGCGUCAUUGCUUUUUGGCGAGCGCAUGAUGGUUAUAUCACUAAGUUGGGUGCUCUAGAGGACCAUUUGCUUUUGUCUAGCUCCCUUGAUAAAACUCUACGACUGUGGGACCUAAGAAGGAAUUUGGCUGCUCAAACCAACAUUUUUAGAGGCCAUCAGGACGGUAUCUCCAGCUUCUGUGCUUGGGGCCAGGAUGUAAUUUCUAUUUCAAGAAAUAAUAUUGCACUCACCUCUGUUUCUCGGUCCAUGGAGGAGGUUUUGCAGCAGAAAAUUUCACCACAGAAGCUUUACUCAGCUGAUCGGGGAGUAAGGAAUCCUUCAGCUCUGUCUGCCAUCAGUGUUCUUCCAUUCUCUCGGUUGUUUCUCGUUGGGACCGAAGAUGGCUUUUUGAAGGUCUGUUGCUGAGUUCUCUACUUCUUCUUCUUCUUUAUUUUGUAAAUUAAUUGAUAGUCACUAUAUAAUUUAGGAGCUUUUAUAUAGGUACCACCUCAUUACAUAUUGAACACUUGAAUCUUACUUUUUUACAUUUAUGCCACCGAAAUAUUUCA